CAGAGUACCACAAACUUUGAGACCACCAAGCCGUUCGACGAAACAGAACAGUCCAGAAUCGUUAAAAGACAACAUCUCGUUCCGUAUAGGCCACGAUUAGUAUGUUUCAUUAUGUUUUGUGCCGUCGUAUUUUAUUCUGUCUGGAUACGUAAUGUCACGUAUUUUUGAACUGCUGACAAAGUUUCAUUUACAGUUAAUUUAGAUAACUUUCUAGUAGGUUGUUCGUUAAUCUGAAGACGUUCGUAUUGUAAUAAGGCAAGUCGUAACUCAUACACUCACUCUUUCUGUUGCCGAGUGCCAGUUUUUUUAGUUUUCAAAGACAAAGCAACAGUGUGAAGCGCGACCAUGCGGGAUGUUGCGGGGCGUGCGAAUGACCCCUCCAAGACCACGUAAAGUUUAAAAGAAAGGAGGACCCUAACGAUACUGUGAUGUCACCCUACACAAAUUAAGGUCAUGUCAUGACAUGAGAAGAACCUGAAUGCUGUUUGAGUCAGCAUCUUAGGUUUGGCAACAGUGAAUAUAUGCACUUACUGGCUGUGGAGACAUUUCCAGACAGAAUCCAGUUCAAGAAUGAGGAAUAAAUAUGCUAUUCUUAUUAUCUGCAUUGUGGCACUUGUCAUCAUUGAAAAGGAAAACAAAAUUAUAUCAAGAGUGUCUGACAAGCUCACACUCAGACAGACGCUGCAGACUCCCGAGCCUCUAUCACUUUACAAUGGCUCCAGUACCUCUGUGGCCAUGGAGGGUGGGCAUGAGAUGGGCAUGGAGAAUGACACACUGUUCUUAGAGCCUGACCACGGAGGCCAUAGGCACAUCUUGCUGCUGGCCGCCACACGCACUGGCUCCUCAUUUGUCGGAGAGUUCUUCAACCAGCUGGGAUCUGACAUGUUCUACCUCUUUGAGCCGCUGUGGCACGUGGAGCGGAUGCUGUCACAGGACACAGGCAUCCCCAAUGCCACCGAAUCAUCCCUGGCCUACAGGGAUGUGCUCCUGAGCCUCUUCCUGUGUGACUUUUCACUGCUGGAGCGCUUCAUCAGCCCGCCGCCCCAAGCCCACAUCACCUCGGGUCUGUUCCGGAGAGACUCCAGCAUGGCCCUGUGCGAGGAACAGGUGUGCACACCCGUGGUGAAGGAUGUGUUUGAGAGGUACCGCUGCAAGGCGCGCCGGUGUGGACCCCUUAACUUGACCUUGGCCUCAGACACCUGCCGGUCCAAGGAGUACAGAGCCAUUAAAACAGUCAGAGUUCGGCAACUGGAGACACUUCGCUUGCUAGUGGAGGACCCCAGGCUGGAUAUCAGGGUAAUACAGCUGGUGAGAGACCCCCGUGCCAUUUUGGCUUCACGGAUGGUGGCCUUUUCCAGUAAGUACCAAACUUGGAAAAGCUGGGCGGCGAAUGGAGAGGUGCCCAUAGAAGACGAAGAGGUGAAGCGGCUCCAAGGGAACUGUAAUCAAAUCCGCAUGUCUGCUGAGCUGGGUUUGAGUAGGCCAGUUUGGCUGGAAAACCGCUACAUGCUAGUGCGCUAUGAGGACAUUGCCAGGUACCCUAUGCAGAAAGCAGCUGAGAUGUACAGUUUUACUGGAAUCCCAUUCACAUCACAUGCAAGAGAGUGGAUCCUUAAAAACACUCAUGCAUCACAGCUUGCCAGUGGAGUGUACUCGACACAGAAAAACUCCUCAGAACAGGUGGAAAAGUGGCGGUUUAAUAUGCCCUUCAAAUUAGCCCAAGUUGUGCAAGAAGUUUGUGGACCUACAAUGGAACUAUUUGGGUAUAGAUUCGCUGAUAGUGAACAGACACUGGUUAACAAGUCUGUUACUUUGCUUGAAGAAAAACAAUUUAAUUUAUCAUAGAUCCUAUUUACCUAGUUACUCAUUUAUGUUUCUCGAUUUUUAAGGUACUGCAAAUUGAAAUUGGAAAAAAAUUCUAUGUAGUUGUAUAUUUGAAAAUAUAUAUAUUGUAUAUUUGAAAAUAUAUAUAAAUAUAUAUUUGAAUAGAUGUAUGACACUGGAACACAGAUGUUACUGUUGUGUUUUCAGUUCUCAGUUCAUUAUUUAGCUUUAAUCUAACAAAAGUAUUUUCAGAUAGGUUUGACUAAUUAAAAUAAUGAAUGAUUCAUUCAUUGUAUUUGCUGCUUCUAUUUGAAAAGGGAUUAUAUUUAUUCCAGGGUGGUUGGGUGUAGGUGUGUGCAUGUAUGGUGUGCAUGAGGUGGCUGCUUUUAGUCUUUGCAAUAUACAGAGCCAUCUUUUGUCUAGUCUAAGAUGUGAUUCUGGACAGUGAGUCAGUGAAGGGUUUUAACACAAACCUCUUUUGUGUCUGAUGCCUUCAUAUUUAUUUUUUACAAAUAUUUGGGUUGUUGCCAUGGGCAAAGUUUGUUGUUAUUUAUUUUUUUUUAUUUCUAAGCUUAAUAUAAAAAAGCUACAUUUUUAAGCACAAUCAUUUUUUUUACUGUUUAUGAUCUCAUCAGGUCUUCCCUUGGGAAAGGAAGUAGUUUGUAGAAACAGCUAGCAUGAGGGAAUCUGAAAGUAUGCAGUGUUCUGUACAUACAAUGGAGGCAUUAUUUCCCAAAAAGCCAAGACUGAACCAAAUUUCUGCACAGGCAAAAUAAUGGAAUGUAAUGUUUUUCAUGCUAUUAGAAUUCUGUAUAAGUUUCUGUACACAGAGUACAGUGUCAUAAGUGAAACUGACAAGAAAUAGCAUAUAGUCAUGGUGAUAUUUAAACAGGUAAUUGAAGUAAAUACCAUUAAAAUGAAUACUUUUAUUACUCUUAUGGUAUUUACUAAAUGUCUGGUAUCGACUAUGACAGAGCAACAGAAAAAAAUCCUUUCACUAAAAGCUGAGAAAAUACUGCUAACCAAAACAGAGCUGUUUAUUUUUUUCUGUCCCUGUAAAAGAGAGGAGAAAUGAGAGAAGAAAUGAUAUCUUCAUAGCUUUAUAGUUUAAGAUGCUAGAGUCACAUUCAACUCCUUACAAACAAGAUUAAAUUAAAAUUAUGACAGUGAAGAUUAUAAAGUUAAAUAAGAGCAUAAAAAUAAGAGGAAGGAGGACAUAAAGAGCCC